UCCCCCAAUGUCCCCAUGUCCCUGUGUCCCCCUCCCAUGUCCCCAUGACCCCCAGUCCCUCAUGUCCCCAAUGUCCCCGUGUCCCCAAUGUCCCCCAUUCCCCCCAAUGUCCCCAUGUCCCUCAAUGUCCCCAUGACCCCCAGUCCCCCAUGUCCCCCAUGUCCCCAAUGUCCCCCAUGUCUCUGUGUCCUUCCAAGUCUCCCAAUUCCCCCAAUGUCUCCAUGACCCUGUGUCCCCUCCCCAUGUCCCCAUGA